GAAACGUCAUAAUGACAACAUAAAAAGUCAAAAUGACAUUUAGAAAUGUCAAAGUGACAUCGUAAAACAGGUUAUGAUGUGGAAAUGACAGCUUCAAGCUAAAAUAACUUGAUAAAGUAUCAAAAUGUCAAAAGGUGUACAUUCGAAAUAUGUUAAAUUGAUAAAUUAACUGUUUGAUGCCAAAAUGACAAGUUACAAUAUCAAAAUGACAAUAUGAGAUGUCGCGUGACUUAAUGUUGAGAUGACGGGUUAUAAAUGUUUAAUGACAGCUUUAUAAAAAAAAAUACAAGAUGAAAUGUCAAAAUGUCACGUAAUGUAUUCGACCUAUAAAAGACAAAAUUAGCAAUUGACAAAAUAUACCUCGAUGCAUUAAUUUAUCAGGAAAUUAUUUAUUACAUUGAAAAUUAAUUAGUUAAUCGUUAAUAAAAAAAACACAUCGAAAUUAAUAACAAAAUUUGUAACAUUUCUAAUAAUAAAUUUGUUUUUGCGUCAUUUCAAAAGUCAAGUAGGCGAGGGAUUGCGAAAUUUAACCUCCAAACUCUAAAAACCGAAGAGAGAGAUUCUGUCCGAGUGCUCAUUCUGAAUGUCUUCUUCUGAAAAUUGAUAACACAAACCGGUUUUGUUCGGAUAAUAGGUCAGACAACUUCGUGGAUAUCGAAUCGUUAUCAAAAUCCCCCGCGGGCUGCAAAAACCCAUAACUGGAUUUUACCGGAUUUUAUUUCCCCCACUCUUUAUGUUAGGCAUCAUCUUUUUCUUCGUUAAACCCGAUUCGUUUGCUCCAUUAUCUUAUCACCCUUUUUUAUAAUUAUCGAUGAUUAAAAAGACGACGUACGUUUUCAUUUUUCAUCUUUAUCUAUUUCCUGGUUCGAAUUUUUCGCGGGAGGAGGAUGGAGAUAGUUGCGGUUGUUCGUUAAUUUUUGUCCAAGUCUAUAUAAAGGAGCGCCUUUGUUUUGACGGCUCCAGAUUAUUAUAUUUUUCGAUUCGUUUUGUAACAUUUUGGAAAUCGCCAAGAUGUAUUUUGAGGGACGCCCAUUAAUUUACCACCGUCGCCAACCAAACGACAACAACUUUAUCCAAAGUAGUCAAAACUUUUCUUACUUUAGACCGUUUGAAGACACCUGUAGGAUGAGUGAAGAGUUUAUGUUGCCAAGUUCACCACAAAGCACACAAAGUGAUUCUGACACAUCAAUAUCAUCAAUAGACAUCAAUCCAAAACCGAUUCAAUCAAAAUUUACAAAAACAUCAAUUGAAUCGAGGUGUUGCUGGCAAAAUUGCGGAUUAAUCUUCGAAACGUUGGAACGUUUAUCAGAUCACGUAAGUAAAGUCCACGCAAUAAGCAGCUUAAACGGACUUUAUUACUGUUUAUGGGAUGGUUGCACUCGAAACCAUAAAGGUUUUAACGCCCGUUAUAAAAUGUUAGUGCACGUAAGAACUCAUACCAAUGAAAAACCACAUCAAUGCACGUUAUGUAACAAAUCAUUUUCGAGGGCGGAAAAUUUAAAAAUCCAUAUUCGAUCGCACAGCGGGGAGAGGCCGUACGUUUGUCCAGUUCCUGGAUGCAAUAAAGCUUAUUCGAAUUCAAGCGAUCGAUUUAAACAUACAAGAACACAUCAAGUUGAUAAACCUUAUCAAUGCAAAGUUCCUGGUUGCACGAAAAGAUACACUGACCCAAGUAGUUUAAGAAAACACGUCAAAACAUACAAACAUUUCGUUGAGGUGAAAAAAGAAGAUGAGAUACAAAAAAAUCAAUUAGAUUUGAAGAUUGAAGAGAUUAGGAAUUCGGUGAUUGUGGAAAGAAAUGAAAUUAAUAAUAUUAAUGAAAGAAUUGAAAACGACAAGUUGGAAGAAAACGGAAAAUGUAGCUGUGAUCAUUUGCCGCAUUGUUAUUAUUCGAGAUGUUUGGGGAGUGGUUAUGUUGAAAAGAGACAAACUUGGAGUACUUUUAUUGAACCUUACUUAACCUACCAACAAAAAGAUAUCGAAUUGAAUGAUAUGGAUAUAGAUUUGCCCUUGGAUUUAAGUAUACGUAGGCAUUAUUAAGGAAAUUAAGUUAAAACGAUCUCAGAAACUGGUCGCUAUACCCGAAACUAAUUAAGAUUAAUUCAUUUUAUUUCUUUUUUUUUUUUGUUGAUGUUCGUUCAUAUUGAACAAAACAGAUGUUUUGCACUGCAAUGAGAGUAUUUUGUGAUAUUUGAGUAUUUAUGUAUUUAUUAAAUUUCGACUUUAAAACAUU